GAUGCAUCAGAGUGAUGCACUCUUUCCGGAUCUCAACUAUAAGCUACGCGACUAUAAUCCGGGAAAAUAUUUCUACGCCUUUUAUAUUUUGUGGCUUAAUCGCGGGUUGAUAUAACCCUGUUACUUAAUCACAGUACGCCUUCUGAAAGGAAAGAGAAAAAGUAUGGCUGAAGGAGGUGAUUUUGUAUCUCUGAUUCGGCGCCAGGAAAUUCAGACUGAGACGGGUGCUGAAGGAGAGACAAAUAGAUAUUAUACUCCAUCAGAAACACCAGAAACCCCAUCUUUAGGCAGCCAGCACCGUCUUAUUUGCCCCUUGUGUUUAAAUGAUGUGAGGCGACCUAAGCAGCUGUCUGGGUGCUUUCACAUCUUUUGUGCUGCUUGCCUAGAGAAAUACAUCAAUGCAACAGUAAUAAAUAACCAGCCUUCUAGCGAUUCUUUAUCUGAUAUCAUACCACUCACAAUUGUUUGCCCUACAUGCACAAAACGAUCUGUUUGCCCAGAAGAUGUUAUUGCCUGGCUGCAGAGUGAGACAUACUUGCAUACCUUCCAAGGCCAAGUUAGCAUUUACGCAGAGUCUGGGAAUGUCUUCUGUAGCAGUAGCCAUCAUGACCGGCAUGUUGGUGCCACAAAGUUUUGCCUUGAAUGCUCAAAAAAUUUUUGUGGUGACUGUGACUAUGACCACUCUGGAAAUGAUGAUCACAGGUCUCAUCACACACUUCUCUUGUAUCAGACACCAGCAGAAAUGACUGUUGACAUGGGCCGGCAGGAAAUGCUGCAAGAUGCCAGAGAUAAUGGUUCAGCAAUACAGUGUCCAAUCUGCCGCAAUACUGCAGUUUGUGAACACUUGCAGACGAUCAGACAUCUUAAUGAACUUUUGCAAACCUCAAAUGGUGCUGAUAAUGACGUCUGCCCACUCCAUCCAAAUGUACCUCUUGAUAAGAAGCUUCUGAUUGGCUUUUGCAAAGAUUGUGAAACACCCAUCUGCGAAAAAUGCAAAACAUUGCAACAUGACAGUCAUAAAACACAGUUAAUUGAAAAUGCUCAAAAUGAUAAAUUGGUUUCUAUUAAAGAGAUAAAGAAUAAAAUGAAAACUCGUAUGGAUAUGUUUAAAGAUGCAGCAUUAUCAGCUCAAGGAGCAGCAGAGGAGUUUAACUGGCAUAUCCAGAAAGUGCAGCAAGAAAUGCUUGCAAGGAAAGGCAGCAUCCAAACAAUGAUUGAAACAGCAUUCAACUCAGCACUUGGGGUCAUUGGAACAACAGGCCGUAAACAGGCUGAACUCAACCGUCAGAUUCAAGAGAUGCAGGAGGAAGAGAACUUUCUUCAAGCUGUGAUCACCCUGGCAGACAGUGCUCUGAAACCUGGAACACCUCUAGAGGUGAUACGAAUCUGGAAGGGUCUCAGCCACAUACAAGAAUCAAUGGGAGGAGAAUCAGAAAAAAAGUCAGCAAAGGUGGUGGAUGCCAUUUUGCCCCAGCAGAUUAUUGAGAAGCGCCUUGUUUUGCCUGCACCAAACUGUAUGACACCUGACAUUAGCAUUUUAGGGAAGAUUGGUGUGGAGAACUCACGACUUCAGCCACCAACUAGUAUUAUAAAUGUGAAGGACAACCUGUUGCUCUUCUAUAGCAUUUUGCCACUGACUCAAACUGAGGUUUUGGUGUCAUGCUUGAUAGAGGCUCAUAAGAAUGCUGUGAUUCAGUAUAGCUGCUGGUCUGCUGAGCCAUUCACUCUUGAUCUUGCUGAGGAUGGAGAGUAUUGCUUAGUGCAAGUGCCAGGAAAUGGCAUCGUAACAACCUUUUACCAUCGUGAUGGAGGUGGAAAGAAUGACAGUGAGAAGAAACAGAUAAUGUUCUGGGAUGCUGAAGUGGGCUCCACUAUGAAAGAAAUGGAGAGAAAAGGUGCUGGGAAUAAGCUUAAGGAACUGACAAGGACAAAGUUACCACCUCGUGGUAUAGCUGUAACUUGUGAAAAUCACCUGGUGGUGGUAUGUACAGAAGAGGACACCUCUGAACAGAAAAAUGAGAUUGUGCUUAUGACACUAAAGGGGGAUGUGCUUGAAGUCUAUAGUUCCAAAUUACCUUCAAGUAAACCAAGGUAUGUGACAGUCAACAUCAAUGGCGAUGUAUGUGUAACUGAUGCCGGCAAUCAGAUGGUCAUGGUGCUCUCGAGUGAGUUGAAAGAUAAGCUUAUCAUACGUAACCCAUACAAAGGUUAUGGAAGUGAGGAGAAGAACAAGAAGUUCUCUCCCAUGGGUAUUUGCCAUGAUAGCUUUGGCCGCUUGAUUGUAGCUGAUUCUGACAACAACACUGUCUUGCGCAUUGAAAUAGGUAAUAAUUAUGACUUUACUUCAACUCCCAUACUACAGCAAGGUGAUUUCAAUGCGGAGGACUUGUUCUUUCCUAAACUAGUUGCACUUGGACCUGGCUCUAAACUGUGGGUUGUCUGCAGAAGUAAAAUCAUGGCCUACUACUAUAUGGAUUCAGAGUAACUUAUAUUUCAUGGUAUUUUAAGCUUGUGUUUUAAUUUGUGCAAGCAAUUUGUAGUUUUGAUUGAUUUUUUUGUUUUCUUGGAUUUUGAUGUUGAUUAUGAUGCAGGAGAGAGAUACAAACAUUUUUUUACAAAAUCCUUGUGCUUGUUAACCUCAUUUCUGUUAUGCAACCAAAUCAGAUGUGAAGAGAUAAAAAUGACUGUAGAAAAUAUUUUCCAUGGGACAAAGACACCUUGCCAGAAGAGCACUACCACAAGCUGUGAGGUAACCUGAUGUGAACGACAGUGGCAACAUUUUCGAGAGGGAAAAUCCCCCUCUCCGCACCCGACACACCUCAAAAAGGAAAUAUACCCCUCGCCGAAAAACUAGACCCAUGUAACAAAUGAAAAUGAAAAAGACAUGCGACGACUUUUCGUCAGUUUGAUUUUGAUGCUAUGAAAGAAACUUUCCUCUGAAUACUUGUUAAAAUACCUGUAAAUAUUUUGCAUAUAAUUGUUUAAUAAACAAAUAUGGACACACAAAAAAUCUACUCAUAAAGCCAUUAAAGGUCAUUCCAGUUACACAUACACAUGAACAUAUGUGUGCACUUGAACACACAUGCUGUGGGAUAUAUGCAAAACAUGGUACUAUGGAAAACCAGAAGCCUGAAAAUGAAAUAUUACAAAAAUGUAUUGAGUAUAGAUACAUUUUUACAUGGGAGUCAGUACCAAAGUUAACCAUCAGAUGUUUUAUACUUUUUAAACAUAAAAGGCGUCUCCGCUCUCAUUUGAAGUCAUAUCUGCACAAAACCUUUAUUAAGACCCAGCUGAAGAGUGAUAAGACAUUGUCUUCCCAGAAGAUUAUUGAAAAUAGCAAUUAGCUCUGGUGUUAUAGUAUGGCAGAGGUCUGUGACUCAUUCUGAAAUUUAGGUAAACCUGAAGAAUGUGUUUGAGUCCCCAUUCAGUAUUGUAGAUAAGAUAUAUCUUAAUUUCAAAACCAUCACCCUUUCGCCACUGCAUGGCAUUUAGACUGCAUCUACCAUCAAUAUUUAGCAAAAGAAAGCUGAGGGGUGGUCAAUCACUGUGCUAUACAUAUAUUUCAUUAAAUUUCCUCCUCUGAUGUGUAAAUUUUCCAUAUUUCAGCACAAGGUGACAUUUUAACUUGAUGUGGCUGCUCAAUUCAGUCGUGUGCUCCUAUAAAACGUGAAUGUAAAGUGAUAUUUUAGCAGUUUAAAAAACUUUUUAUCCAGAAUGAUAAAAUGUCAUUUGGGCAUUAAAAUAGUGUAGUUAUUGCUGUCUUAAACAUCUUUGAUAUGCUAUUUAUGAUCUAUAUAUUAUUAUUAUCAUGAGUUUUUACUAACAACAUGAAGCUUUGAAAUUGUAUUUGGUGUUUCAAAAGUUGGAUUUUUAAACUCAGAACUAGCUGAUAAUGGUAAAUUAACCUAAGCAUGAAGAACCCAGCAAUGGGGCCAGUAAUGCACUUUUUUGGGCAAAGAACUGUUCUUGCUUUUCUUUUUGAAUGCUUAAUUAACUCAUCAUCACAAAUUUUUCAGUAUUGUAAUUUAAAGUUUUCGUGCUGUGCACUUUGGCUGACACUGGUGUUUAUUCUCAGCAUUUUUCUCAGAUUUUUUUUGAAGCAAACCUGGUAACAAAUCUUUCAGCGCAAAUUGUAACACAAAACAAAUACUUGACUCAAGAAAUGCCAGACCAGAUAAUUGUCAAUCGUUUGGCCAUUUAUUAUGCCAGUAAGCAGUAUGGAGCCAGAGCCUAUAUAAAUUAAUUUACAUGCAGUUUUAUAUUUUAAAAAAAUCAUUGCCUCAUCGUUUGUUUACACACAAAACAUCUUUAAAAUAGAAAUCUGGAGCUGGGUGCACUGUACACCACUAAUUGCUAGCUCGAUUGCUUAUGCCUACUGUCAGUUUGUUUUCUAAUAUUUUGUAAGUAAUCACUGGUACCAGUCAGGCAUCUGCUACUCUAGCUCUUAGUGAAUUGGGCUCCUCCAUGACACCCUGAUUAUUUUUUUAUAUAUUUUUAAUGAUCCCAAGAUUAUGCCACAAACAGAAGUCAGUUAUUGCAUUCUAAUAUUGUAUUCCACUAUUUUGCACCAUUGUAAGUGGUGAUCGGAGGGCAGAGUUGAGGGGAAAUUAUAUAUUUCUUUCUUAAUGUUAAGUCCUUAAUUCCUCCAAGUAUAAAUAUAUAUGACUUUCAUGUAUUCAUGCUGCUUGCUUGCUAUUUAAAUUGUUUUAAAUGUGAGGUAAUUAUGUAUAUAUAUGAACUUGUUGAGAAGUAAUCUCUUUCAUUGAGACCCUUUCAUAUUACAAUGUAUUCCAUUUUUAUUUGCCUUAAUAUAAGUGUUUCAAAAUGUUUUCUAUCGACAGGUUUUAUAUCAAGUUGUUAAUGGUAUUUUUCCAGUUUCAGUAUUUUUACACGAGUGUUGAACUAGUCAGUAAGUAGGUAUAUCAUCUUUUUAAGAAGUAACUGCUUUAUGUUUUUGAAGAAACAGAUUAAAGUAUAGGCAUCUGAGACUAAAGGUAUGCAUUAGGUGGCCUGAUGAACAUGUGGCACAGAAACUUCCCUCUUUUUAUUCAGGUUUGUCUGAGUGCUUGAUCAUUAAAAAAAUGUUGAGGAAAAGGCAGUUAAGGAAAGGAGAUGGACAAAAAAUAGUUGGACCUGAGAAAUUAGUGGUCUCAAACAGCAUACUCACACUAUUAACACUUUUAUAAGAUAUGACUGUCCUCUCAUAAUACUAUGUCUAGAAAGCUUGUGUGCAAUUUCCGAAGUAUUUAUCCUCAAAGGCCAUAUCUACAUCAUCUUGACUCCUGGAUUUUUGUUUGCUGAUUUUAAUUAUCACUACCCUGAAGAUGUUCAACUCUUUCUGCUCCAUGUACGGUCCAUUUUCCUUGUAAUAUUCUUCCCACUGCUUUUGAUUAUAGAUCUACAUGAGUCAACAAGCGCAGACUUAUUUUCUUAUCUCUUCUACAAUUCUGCCUCCUACUUCAUGUAUUUUCUUCACUGCCACUGUGUUCGUGUGGCCUCCUUGACAGUCAUAUGUGCACCAACAGUGAACAACUUUAUGUUAUUGGUGCCAACACUAAUAUUCCACUGAUAUUACAACUUCAAAUCACAGCUGCAGCUGGUAGUUUAACUGAGCUGUAGUGACUGCAUCUAUGCUGACAGCAUUCGCCUUGAAAACACAAGAAAUUCUGUUUUUAGACCAUUAUUAUUCUUAUGUCUGUGUUUAUAUUUUAAGCACCUUGAAUGUAGCUGAUGCUAUACUUCUUUCCAAAAAGGAGCUAAACAAAUGUGCUAAUAUUAUCAUUAUUUAACAUGAGCAGAGAAACAAAGUGAAAAAUGCAGGAUAAGUCAAAAGUAGACACCAUGCAGGUUUUAGGAAAUAAAAACCAGAACAUUCCACUCCAGGUGCAACAUUCCUGUGAAGAUCUGCUGUCCCUGCAGUUGAGAUGAUGCUGUUUUGCAGAAAAUUUUCAUUGCUCUAUAUCAAAAUCAAAAGUGUGAUUUGUCAGCUAGAGGAAGAUUUUAGUAAGCACAUACCAACUGCUUUCUGUUCUGAAACAACCUAUGAAAUCUUCUGCCUGCUUGCGCUGGUUUAGAGCCUGGUCAGAGAUCUCCAGAAAAUAUAAACAAAAUUCAGAUGGCAGCAGUGAUAAAGGGCAGAUAAAUUAAAGUUACAGAUAUUCCAUAGUGUUGCAGGAGUUUUAUGCUGAUCUGCUAAUGAUUAUGGCCAAAUCAAAUUACAAUAUAUAAACACAGAAGCUGAAACCUAAGAUAAAAGUUUGAGAAGUUUGGAGAACCCACUUGCAACAUUUUCAUGAUGAAUCUGAUAUUCAAAUCUGAUCAUUUUGGACAGUGUGUGUUUAUCUGCCUAUCAAGUUGCAGCUUUGUUGAUUUAUAUUUUGGCAUCUUUAACAACCAUGCAUGUGAAAAACAUUUGUGUGAAAUUUUUCAGUUUGUUUCUAUAGAAAUGUCUUUUGCUGGCAUGUAUAUGUGCUGUAUGAUUAAGGAGCACAUUAACUUGACUGCUGGCAGUCUGUGGAGACCAACACUUAGCCUCUUGAAAUGGUAUACCAUGAGAUCUUGACUUGCCCUUUGAAAGCCACCAUCUGGAUCCAUAGUAAGUCAAAACUAGACUGUGCAGAAAGUUUUAAUAACAGCGUAUUUACCAUACGUGUUGCAUAGUUACAUUUUUAUUUCAUUUCGCAAAAGUUCUCGACCUCCACUCCCGCAGAGGCUAUCAACCAAAAACACAACAGACCAUAAAACUAGUUUUUGCACCUCCAUUUACACAAGGGCUUAGCUUUGUCUGCUCUUUUUUAAAUUAGUAAUGAAACUGGAAACUCAUUCACUUAGGCCUCUUUUUAGAAAUUGUUUGGUUUGUACCCGCAAAUGUGAAUGUCUUCAUAUCUCAAUUGCAUCAAAACGUGUGUAUUAAAUGAGCUAUUCUAUAGCUCGUUUACACCAUACAUCCAUGUUGAGCGAGUUUAUUAUUGAAAUUUGCCUGCCAUCAUAUUCUACAUUUGGUAUAUUCUUAACUGUUUUAUGUAUGUGAAACAGUAUUUCUAGGGUAACAUUUCUCUCUACCUUUGUUGGUUUAAAGCUUUGUUGUCUAUACUGAAGUAGACAUGAAAAUAAACAUGUCAUUUUGAUACUCAA